UUCCUCAAAUUAAAAAAAGUUUAAAGUAAGUUCGUAGCAAAACAAAGACGGGGAAGCUAAAAACUAUGAGUGAAACGGGGCUAGCGACGCAGAAUAAUGUAACCGUGGAGAAUGGGAACUGCUUCGACAUCCUAAAGGUGUCCAAUCUCUUUGAGAGCAGCCUCCUGGACGAGAAUGACGUACAAAUGGACGCCUACUUGGCAGCCUACGAGGAGAUAAUGAAGUUCUUCCAGCUUAUGGGCAGUGUCUUCAGUUUUGUCAGCAGCGAUGUGCGCAGUAAAAUAGAUAUUUUAUACGCCCUGAGAGCCAAGGACACGGAGGAGCUGGAGCACUUUAGUACCUUCAGGACCAUGUUGGAGUACGAAAAGGAGGCCCAGUUGCUCAAUCAGAAGGGCUACGUGUCCGGGAGUCGUACCCUGCUACGCCUUCAUCGCGGUCUAGACUUUGUCUACGAGUUCCUCAACCGGAUCCAGGCGAUAGCCGACGACCAGAAGACCGUGGACGUGUGCAAGGCAGCCUAUGACGACACCCUGGGCAAAUAUCACUCAUUCCUCAUCCGCAAAGGAGCCCGUUUGGCCAUGUAUGCCAUGCCCACGCGGGGCGAUCUCCUAAAAAGAGUCUGCUUUGAUAUCCAGUUGGCCAAGGAGCACCUGCCGACCAUGCUGGAGCACAUGCGGACCAACUACGACCGCACGGAGCAGCUCUAUACGCUUCACGAUCUACACAGCCUGCCUUAGAACCUACCACGUAUAUGGGUUGCUCCAAAGAUCUGAUAAAGUAACAUAUGUUCCGUAACUUUUACAUUUAUAACACGAUAUUAUACUUCUACUAGAUGAAUAUGAAUGGAUAUCACUUUAUCAGAUCUUGUGACUACCCCAACCUAGUCUAUGUAGCAAAAUCUGUCUGUGUUGAAUGUGUAACUGCAAGUAUUUGUUUUCUGAAGCCUGUAAGUUUUAAUUUUGCAUUUGAAAUUGCCUGUAAUCGCUCAUCUAUCGCCUUGCCCACAGGCUGUGCAAUGUUUCCCAAAUCCCCCGUAAUAUAAAACCAUAAAAGCUUUAGUCAUGAAUGAAAAA